CGUCAUUUCCACUUUCCCGGUAGGUUGGAAUGUGUCCUGUCCAAUGAGAACAGAAGUGAUAUUUUUUGAUUCUCAACGGGUUGGCUACAUUGCAAGUCUGCAACGGGCAACUGGAAAGGACAAUCUGAACCUCACUGCCAAUGAUCUCUGGGGUCACGAACAUGUUUCUGCUUUAAAGCAUAAAGUACAGAAUCUGCCACCUGGCUCUGUGGAGCAAAGAAGUACCCAAGAGACACCAGCAGUGUCAAUUAGUCCCAUUCCACCGAUGUCAGGCCUAUUGAUGCUAAGUUAAGCAACCAAUUUGCAAGGAAGAUCCCAUUUAGUCUGAAAGCAGCCCAGAGAUAACCAGUCAGACAGCUCAACUGAAUUGUCCAACUAUCCACCUUGAGUGCACCGGGCCAAAUACAGACGUCUCCUGAAUGUCACUCCAUAUGGAGACUCUGCCAGACUCUAGUGUUAUAAGUGGAGAAACUUCACCUCUUAAAGACAGCUGUCAUUCAUCUACACCAUCACAGCACAGUGGUAUCAGUGGGGAGCCCAGAGCCAAGCGGUGGUCCUCUAACCAAAGAACCAUGCUCACCCCUAUUUUACAACCCAUCCAUCAUGGAUUCAACGGGCAGAAGUCCCGUUCCCCAAUUUUGAGUCCCAUGCAUGCCUCAAAGAUCUUCAGGAUUCAAGAUGAAACUUUACCGAACUGCACUGGAGAAAGUUUAUUUGAGGACACUAUAGACUCCUGCUUUUUGCCUAUGGUGGAGCCCACCAUUGGCAGCUCUACAAUGGAUUUGUCACACACACCUCCGGAGACUUGCAUUUCUAUGAAAGAGAGUUUCACUAAACCAGAGGAUGCAAAUAAAUUAGAGCCCCUUUGCAAAUCUUUUUGUCUCAGUUUGCAGGGAAGUCCUACACCAACAGCUCUCAGGGAGACUAUAUCAAUCAAUAGCUGUUCCAGAGCUUCCCUGGAGGGCACACAUGACAUAUCUGCAUUCGAGGGCAGCAAAGAAAGUCUGCAUUCCUUAGAACAUAAGGUACAGAACCUGACCACCAAUGUUGCUGUGUCUGCUGUGGUCCGAAAAUCAAGUGUUGCCUCUUUCUGUCUCUCAAAUGCUAAUGUCACACACAUAAUUUGCCCUGAUAGUGAGAUGUCUGCGUCCUGUACGGUGCCAUUGUCCUCGUCAACAUCUGGUUCCUUGUGUGAUGACAAGAGUGUGAACAAUGGCACCUUUGAGCUUAUGGUUGAACCAACACUGGAGCCCAAAACUGAGACCAAUGAGCCCAAUGUCACGACUACUGCGCUGGAGGCUGUGGAGAUUAGUAGGCCGAUGAAAGACACCUUUGAAGCUUGCCCUCCUAUGAAGUUCAAUACAACCACUGAGCAAGAGACUUAUGAUGGUACCAAACAACUUCUAAACAAUACUUUUCAAACUAACCCUCAUUUAAAUGCAACCACUGAGCCAGUGACCAUUGUUGGCAAUGCACGCCCCUCUUUUCAAACUGACCACGAACCAACAAAAGGUUCUGAAGUCAAUGUCCGUGACCAUACGGUACAGUCCCAACAAGGCCCGUCCGGGAGAGAUGGUGACCCCUUCACCUUGGAUGAUACCCUGGAGUUGGGUCCCAACUUUCUGCUCACAUCCACGCCCAUGGUUACAUCUAAGGCUUUAAGGAAACCGGAGAGACCCUCAGAUGUGUGGAAAAGGUUAUCUUCGGGCUUCCUGCCAAAACCAGCCAAACCACCUGCUGUCUCUAAACUCGCCACUUAUAGGAAGACGUUCCUUCAGCCCCGGAGUGUCACCUCCAAUCCCAAAUCACUGCUACCCCCACUGAGAUCUGUGUCCCAGCUUCCAUCACUGACUUGCCCACCAAAGACCAAGACAGCCCCCGUGGCUUCAGCCCCCUUGGAGCCAUCCUCCUCUGCCAUACCCAGCACAAGAUGCAAAACACGAGCAGAUGCCUUGGGACAUGCUGCGGUCACUGUUUCUCAGCAGGCCUCGACAGAAAGUACUUCCAGUAGUAGGCGUAGCACAAUUGCAGAAUCCAAGCUGACGAGCACUGGCCUGAGGAAACCUCAAUCCUAUGGCACUCAGAGAUCCGUAGCUAGCCUCAGGCAUCCUGCAGUAAGAGCUAUGGCAACCCACUCCACUGAAAAACCCAGCCUCUCUUCAGGUUUAAAUGGAAGGAGUCUACAAGCACCCAACCAAGGCCAGAAGCACUUGCCAACCAGCAGUGAUGCUUUUCCUGUAGCAAAGAGGAAAAAAAUAGAUGGCCCAGAUCUUUCAACUAGCAGUAAAGCUCGAGCAUGCUCUCCAGAGCCAGCCCGCGGUGCUAGGUGCUUGAAGAAGCCUGCAACCAACUUGAAGACUGUACCGGCAAAGAAACUGAUCCCUGAGUGUUCAAACUAUGUCCUACUUCAGCAAGAACUGGAGACGUGUCGUCAAGAAAAUGAGAGACUACAAGCAGAGUGUUCAAACUAUGUCCUACUUCAGCAAGAACUGGAGACGUGUCGUCAAGAAAAUGAGAGACUGCAAGCAGAGCUACGUAAUCGUGACGGGGUGGAUUUGUAAAGGAAGACACAAAAAUGGAAUGGAUUGCACAGAUACAUGGAAUAAGUAACAGAUUCAAAUGAAAUUGUUUCACUUUUUUAAAGAUUUAAUAAAGAUUUGAUAUGCCUAUUGGUUGUUGUUUUUUGGUUUAGAAGAGGACUGAGUAUACCAAACAUUAGGAACACUGUCCUAAUAUAGAGUCCCCCCCCCUGUUAUGAAUGUUAUGUAUAAUGACUAAAUGAUGUAUACAUUUAAAAGUAAUGAUAGGACUGUAACUAACAGAAUUCUACCCUGUCUGAUGAAGAAUGUUUAUACAUAGGCGAAGAGGAAGUGUUAACAGACAACUUGUGACCACUGAAACUAACAGGAAAGAUGUCUCGUCCCCACUCAGGGAGGGGAGAAACCGUUGGGCUUGCAGUAGAUUGCUUAUCAUAAUGCUACAACAUGUUACACAAUGUAGGCAUAAGAGAAGACUUGUAAAACAGCAUUGUCAUUGUCUGAGAGGGACAUUUAUGACGAAACGAGAGGUAUAUAAACCAAUGUACAUGAAAUGAUGGGCAGAGCACUCGAGAAUAAACGCUAUUGGCAAAGUA